UAGCCGUGCAAAAGUCAAUUGUCUUCAUACGUUCAUUCGUUGAUUGAAAUUUAACCAGAGAGGAGAUUCUGCUGUAGUGUUUUUCUCCUACCAAAACAAAACAGUUACCAUGUUAAAACUUUUUGUGUUGUUAAAUAAAAAUGCGUAAAAACUAUGCAGUUGUUACGUUAUUUGUGUUAGUAUUUGUUGUUGAAGUGUCGUGUACCCAUCUUAAAGGAACGUUCAAUUCCCGGGAUUUUUUUAAAUUCCUGAUCAAAUUCGGCUUCCAGAAGACAGACAGGCAUCAGCCCGAAGUCAGUCAUGGUUAUAUCUUUGGGAACAUCACCUCAAAAACUGACUUUAAUGUACCGAUUACGUUCGCAGUGUUGGCUCGUUCAUAUUUUUUAGACUAUUAUGAUAAUAGAGUAAUUUAUAACAAGGAUGAAGCAUGUAAAAGAAUGUUUAAAAAGCUCAAUACCGGGGCAUACGACCCGAAAUGCAGUUACGAAGGGAGAGACUACCUAAGAAGGAUACCCUGCGCAAAAGGCAAACUUUGUGAAGAUGAAGACAAUCCAUGGAAUGUUGUAAAAAACAAUCAGUUCACCUAUGUGAUACAAGACUUUAAACAGCCUUCCUUUUGGUAUAUCUCAAUGGUGGCGUGCUACCAUAAUACAAGCACAUGCGAAUGGCACUACUAUGAUACAUAUACCCCCCAUGAAAUAGAAUAUGAUAUUUGGCUGGUAAAUGGCAACCCCAACAGCACUAUUUUUAGCACGUACCAGUUUUCAUUUGACAGACAGAAUACACUGGAGCUUUAUUUUUUAUUCUGGUUGUGCUAUAUGGUUUUGGUGCCUUUGCAAUGCCAUGCAGUAAGAAUACAAAAGCAUCCUGUGACGAGGUUGUUCACCGCCAGCUUGUUACUCGAUUUCCUUGCUCUUUGCUUUAAUCUGGUUCACACAUUCAAGUUUGCUAUAGAUGGCGAAGGAUAUCCCAAGAUUCAAAUGACUGGGGAUAUAUUUGAUAUAUUAUCCAGGACGUCUUUCAUGUUGCUAUUGUUACUCUUGGCUAAAGGUUGGGCUGUCACUCGAUUGGAACUGACAUGGAAGCCUCUAGUUUUUGCUAUCUGGUUAUGCUAUGGUGUUGUUCACAUAUUGCUGUAUGUGUGGAAUUUGACUGAAGUAGAUAUCAUAGAAGACAUAGAUGAGUAUCAGACCUGGCCAGGCUGGCUUAUAAUUGUCUUUCGGUCUCUCAUAAUGAUUUGGUUCCUAUAUGAGUUGCGCACGACCAUGCUUUAUGAGCAUAACACACAAAAACUUAACUUUCUUUUGCAUUUUGGUGCAUCAAGUUUAGUGUGGUUUAUAUAUUUGCCCAUACUAGCCCUUAUAUCUCUCCACGUAUCUGCAUUGUGGCGUUUCAAACUACUAUUAGGGAUAACAUAUUCAGCCGACUGCUUUGCUUAUUGCGUGAUGGCACAUUUAUUAUGGCCGACAAGGUCGGAACAAUAUUUUCUGCUCAAGGGGCCAUCUUCGGCAGAUCUGGAAGAGCUUGACGAGUUCAACGAAGCACCCCACAUUGUAAACAACUCCUAUACAUCAUUGAAUAGUAUGAGUUCAUUUGAUAUUUCACGAUUUGAUGAGUCUAAUAAAACGAAGAUUGUAGCAGCGUAAACUGGUAAAUAAUUUUUUCACACACCUGUUUAGAGCAUUGUAAAGUUUUGUGAUGUAAUUUGGUGCAUGCGGACACAAAAUGGAAAUAGGUACACGUAAGUGGUUAUAAAUUUAUUGUUAAAAUAAAUGUGCUUUGAUAGAAGUGUGAUCCUCAUGAUCUGUCCUGCAAAGUCUUAUGAAACAGUUUGAAGUGUUAUAGGUGUUAAGUAAUAUUGUAAACUCACUGAGGCAAAAGUUGCAAAAACCAAAAAUUUCAAUGUUUUCAUGUUGCUUUUGAGUGUCAUCAAAUUUAACUAGAUUUAUAUUCGGCUUUAGUUUGGAUAGAUUUGGUCAGUUAAGACGUGAAAAUUUCCACGAAUUACAUCUUCCGUUUUAAAACGGAAUAUAAAUUGAAGCUUAAGAAUAAAUUGUAGUAAUACAAAUCAUAGGAUUUGGUUUUGCGGACUGUUUGGCCAUUUCCUUAAAUCAGAGCUCUCUGCUACAACUCUGCUGUAAGCA